AUGAAUUCUACUUCCGCUUUCCAACGCACUGUGGCUUUGGUGCAGCCAAAGGUGAAGGGUCAAAUGAGAUAUCGGCAUGUGCUCUCCAGCCGAGCAGCAACUCGGGUAUUGAAAAAUAUUACAAAUUAUGUUACUGUGGAGAUGAUGAAAACUAAGCAUAAUGCUUUGGUGGACACCAGAAGUGAAUAUUCUUUAGUUUCUGAGGAUAUCUUGAAUGAUGCUCAGAAAUCUCUUGUCAGCUCGAGUAAUAUUACAGCUUGCGGAGCGAGCAGUGAAGAACUUCAAAUUGAGGGAGAAAUUCUGAUGGAUGUAAAGCUAGGCAAAACCAUAGUGAGACAACAUAGGUUCAUUGUGGUAUCUAAACUUGUUACUAGAGUGAUACUUGGGAUGGACUUGUGGAUAAAACUUGGCACAGUCACUCUAGAUUUGACAAAAGGGAGGUUGCGAGUGGAUUCAAUAAAUUUAUCAUUGCCAUUGAAUACUGGGGAAAGGACACAAUCACAUAAAUCAUGCUCUGAUGGAGUGGUGAAGCUCAUUGUUAGAGCUGAGAAUGCAGUUGUGACACCUCCUAGGACAGAAUUAUUUAUAUGCUGCUCUGCUGAUGGGAUGGUUCCAGAUGAGCAGUAUCUGUUGUGUCCCCGACGACCUGAGGGUUCUCCGGUUGCCCCUCCUCAUUGCUGCAUCCAAGGUUCAAUCAAGAAGAAAAUGUAUGUGAGUGUUGCAAAUGUAUCAGAUAAACACAAAACUGUGCGGAGUGGAGAGGAGAUCGGGGAACUAGAGCCCAGUGUGGUAGGAUACGAUGGCAACCAUAGCCUUUUAAGUUCAAUUGAGAAGAAAAGAGGAAAUUUUAUCGUUGGAGAGUCGCUUACUUUUGAGCAGAAAGAGGAAAUGGACGAGGUACUUCAUGAGUUCAAGAAUGUUUUCUAUAAUGGAGGCCCACUGCCACUGGUACAGGUAGGGGUGGAGCACACAAUGAGAGUUAACCCAGAUUCAGCACCAAUAGCAAAUAGACCGCGGCGGUUGUCACUUGUUUUGGAGGCAGAAGUCAAGAAGGAGCUAAGCAAACUUCAGGAUAUGGGUGUAAUAAAGAAAUCAUGUAGCCCUUGGGCAGAUCCUAUUGUUUGCGCUCGUCGAGCUGAUGGAAGCCUUCGGUUGACUAUUGAUUAUAGGGGAGUAAAUAGCGUGUCCCAGCCAGCAACAUUGCAUCCAAUUCCUGUGGUCGAGGAUCUUCUUGAUAGACUUGGUCAGGCAAAAUACUUUUCAGUGCUUGAUGCAAAGUCUGGAUACCAUCAGAUGCCUCUUCAGAAGGAGGAUUGUGAGGUCUUGGCCUUUGUAGUCCCAUGGGGCCAGUUUGAAUGGCAUGGUAGAACUCCUUUUGGUCUGAAAGGGGCAGGUUAUACGUUUCAACGGAUGAUGGCUACAAUACUCAGUGAUUGCAACUAUACGGAUGCAUUGUGUUAUCUCGACGACAUACUGGUCUGGGGUUCAACAUGGAAAGAACACAUAGCAAUGGCUCAGAAAUGUGUUGAGCAGUAUUCGUGA